AUGACCAUUGAAACAACCAGUUUCUAUAGCUCGCCUUAUCUGGCGGAGCUCUAUGAGCUUCAAUGGGCGGGGCCAAAUAUGACGGAUGUCGACUUCUACGCCCGUGCAUUCAUUGAUGCAGUUACCAAGAACAGGACGGCUGGAGUAACUCAUCCGAUCACGUUUCUUGAGCUCGGUACUGGCUCCGGACGCGUGACUCUCGGUGUUAUGAAACGAAUGGCGAAGGUAUCGUUCGACACAAGCAAUAUAAAGAUGAUUGGCCUAGAUAACUCGAAGAAUAUGCUGGAUCUAGCUGCCAAAUUAGAGUCCAAGACUAAGGGGCUUUCUCUCCCUGUCACCUGGGUGUUGGGAGAUAUGUUGGCCCUCGACCAGUUACCAAUUUUCUCACCCCAAGAGAACAAGCAUGCCACUGUCGACUUUCUCACUUUCCCACUCAGCAGCAUCGUACACAUGGUCGAGGACGGGCAAUUGGAAAAGUUACUGCAACAGAUUAGCAAUGUUCUCACCCCAGAGACAGGCAGAGCAUAUAUAUCUCUUUUCAACUGGUUCUUGAUUCGACCUGACGAUGAUCUUCAAGCCCGGAAGGACGACGAGACAAUGCCACCACCGACAGAUCUCCAGAGCGCAGAGUUCCCCAGAAUCCGGUAUUGCAGUGAAAUGAAGAAGAGCGAGUACAAAGGGGACCUCGUUAUUUACCGCCAGGAAGUGCAGGUCUUUGAGCAGAGGGAUAACUGCGAGGAAAAGGAAAUCGAACGCUAUCAUGUUAGGCAGACGCUACGGUGGUUCUCUGAGAGUGCGCUUCUUGCAGCCGUUGAAGCGGCAGGCUUGCGGGUCGUGGAGCGGAGAUUGGAAAGCUCUGUUAUCGAGGAUGAUGAAUCUGAAUUUGCGGAAAACAUAUUCAUCCUUCAACGGGUGUAA